AUGGGUUUCACUAAGGACGGUCGCCUCGGAAGCGCGAGGACACUGUUCGCAGAUGACUACGACUUAGGGGGGAUCCUAAGAUACCGACCCACGAGGAUUGCGCUAUGCUGGGUCUGUAUUCUGGUGGCCGUGGUGGCGUCCCGGGGCGAAGGUGUGGACGCACAAGGUCUUGUGGGGGUCGAGCCGGAAGGAAACGAUACGUCGGAAUACUACCAUCUUGAGAUGGGCGCCAGCGGGGAGGUGAAAGAGCGCGAAAUGUUGGAGAUACGCCAAAAGUUGGCCGGAAAAACGCUACGCGUUACAACACUUCAGGACUGGCCUCUCAGCUACACGGUCAAGAUCAACGGCACCAUGGUUGGCGGUGGGGUGGCGUUCGAUCUGCUCGAGUUUCUGAUGGAAAAGUUCAACUUCACCUACGAGCUGGUCAUGCCGGGGCAGAACAUCGUCGGCUCGUCGAACGAUAUGGAUGGCAGCGUGCUGCAGCUGUUGGCCAACGGGUCGGCUGACAUGGCCGUAGCCUUCCUGCCGAUACUGGCCGACGCACGGCAGCACAUCCGCUACUCGACGGGGUUGGACGAGGGCGAGUGGAUUAUGAUCAUGGUGCGACCGAUGGAGUCGGCCAGCGGGUCCGGUCUGCUCGCCCCGUUCAAUCGGGACGUCUGGAUACUGAUCCUGAUCUCGCUGCUGGCCGUCGGCCCGAUCAUCUACGGAUUGCUGAUUCUGCGCCAUCGGCUCACCAAGGACAAGGAGCAGGUCCUGUACACGUUGCCUCAUUGCGUAUGGUUCGUGUACGGAGCGCUCAUGAAGCAGGGAAGUACUCUGUCGCCGACCGGAGACUCCACGCGCAUCCUGUUCGCCAGCUGGUGGAUAUUCAUCACCAUCCUGACCUCGUUCUACACCGCCAACCUGACCGCCUUCCUGACGCUCUCGAAGUUCACGCUGCCCAUCAACAACGCCGAGGACGUGCGGCGCAAGGAGAAACAGUUCGUCACCAUCCGCGGCGGGGCCGUGGAGUAUGCGAUCAAAAAUCGUGACGAAACGCUAAACACCCUCAGUGUGCUGAUCGAUAAGCGGCUGGUCGAUUUCACGGCCAACGUGAACGACAGCGACACGCUCGCCGAGAAGGUGGCCAAGCAUAACUACGUGUUCGUGCGCGAUCGGCCCGCGAUCGACCACAUGAUCUACGCCGACUACCUGGUGCGCCGGAAGAUCAACCCGAUCAACGAGCGGGUGCAUUGCCCGUACGCCACCGCCACCACGCCGUUCCUGAAGCGGAACCGGGCCUUCGGCUACCCGCUGACAACGGAAUGGAACCGCCUUUUCGACCCAGAGUUGCUGAAAAUGGUUGAGGGCGGCAUCAUCAAGUACAAGCUGCAAGAUCGUUUGCCGAAGGCUGAAAUCUGCCCCCAGAAUCUCGGUGGCACCGAGCGGCAGCUCAAGAACCGCGAUCUCGUCAUGACCUACUUCGUCAUGGUAACCGGCUUCGUCACGUCGAUCGUCGUGUUCGUGACCGAGCUCGGCUUCCGGUUCCUCAACCAGCGCAAGCUGAACGAACAGCUCGCCCUGCAGACGUCGAAGCAGGCGCCUACCGAGCGCAUCUCGUACCUGGGCAAGCAGUUCGGUGCCGGCGAUUCGCCGCCGCCACCGUACGCGGAAGUGUUCAGCCGGCACCAGCAGGGCCUGCUGGGGAGCGAGCGGACGGGCAAGCUGUUUGCCGAUGCCAACAACAAUUUCGCCAACCGACAGAUGAUCAACGGGCGCGACUAUAUGGUCGUGCGGGAGAAGAACGGGCUCGGCUCGCGGCUCAUCCCGAUGAGGGCCCCGUCGGCCGCCAUCUUUCACUACAGCUAUGCCAAUUGA